AUAAAGUGGUAAACGCUCCAGUUGGUGCAUUGCGUGUUCAAAUCUGACAUUCAGUGACCGCGUUCUUAUUUCACGGUGAGAAUACCGUAUCAUCCACCAUGCGUUUCCUCUGCCUGCAUGGCAUGGGCACCAACAGCAGAAUCUUUGAAAUGCAGACUGCUGCUAUCCGCCAUGGCCUCGGAACUACCCACACAUUCGAGUACAUCGACGGUGCUGUUCCAGCUCAAAUGGCCCCAGGUGUUGGUUCAGUCGCGGGUGCUAAUGAAGAGUAUCUUCAAUACGGGGAUCCGACGUCCCCUGAAAGUUACUCCAAGGCACUUCACGACCUCGAAAAUUUCCUGGAAGAAGAAGGGCCGUUUGAUGGGGUGAUGGCGUUUUCCCAGGGCGCAGGGCUAGCAGCUUCGCUCUUGGCCCACCACUCGCGAAGAUCCGCACGUCAGGCUCACAUGAAGCCCACAUUUCGCUUUGCCGUAUUUUUCUGUGGGGGUGUUCCGGGAGACGUAUUCGGUGCGAAAGGUGUUGAGCCACGGCUGAUGAGCUUCGAAGAGGACGGAGAGGUGAUCGGCAUCCCAACAGCUCACAUUUGGGGGGCGCAUGACGAGAUUUACCCUACUUUCGGGCCAGUCUUGAGCAAAAUGUGUGACAGUAGCCAGAGAGCCACCUUUGUGCACCAGGGCGGCCACGAAAUUCCCGGAGCAAAAGACCCAGAUGGUGUGCUUGGCUCCAUCCGUGCUAUUAAAAGGGUUAUUCAGUUGGCAAAUGAAGCCGAGUAGAGUCCCAGGAACGUGACUCACAGUCAAUCAGUAACUAUUGGAUAAAGUGGAAUCUCGAACGCUUUUGAUUGUCCUCAGACGUAUGUUCAAAACGUCCCGUCUAAUCCAAU